GGGGCCUCGUUAAAGCGGCCGCGGCCGGAGGCGGUGACCGGAGGCAGCGGCGAUGGGCAGCGAGGGGCAGCGGGGCCAGGCGACGACCCCCGGCCCGGGCCCGGGCGACUCGAGGGCGCUGCGGAGGGACUGCCAGCACCGGAUCUUCGUGAACCGGAGCCUGGCGCUAGAGAAGAUCAAAUGCUUCGGUUUCGACAUGGACUAUACCUUGGCCAGUGCGUUGCUGGGAGGGGGCUGCGGGCAGGGUGGGGGGGCAGCGAGACCCUCCCCCAGCCCCUACCCACAGCGCUGCCCUGUGCCCGCAGUGUACAAGUCCCCUGACUACGAGGAGUUGGCCUUCAGCCUGCUGCUGCAGCACUUGGUCUCCAUCGGGUACCCCCAGGAGAUCCUGGCGUACAAGUACGACCCAACCUUCCCCACCCGGGGUCUGGUGUUCGAUGCCCUCUAUGGGAACCUGCUGAAGGUGGACUCCCACGGGAACCUGCUGGUCUGUGCCCACGGAUUCCGCUUCCUCAAGGGGGCUGAAAUCCUCCACUACUACCCCAACAAGUUCAUCCAGCGGGACGACAUGAAGCGCUUCCACAUCCUCAACACCCUCUUCAACCUCACCGAGGCUUACCUCUACGCCUGCCUCGUGGACUUCUUCACCAACUGCUCCAGAUACGCCAACUGUGAUACAGGCUACAGGCAUGGGAACCUCUUCAUGUCCUUCCAGAGCAUGUACCAGGAUGUGCGCGAGGCCAUGGACCACGUCCACCUCUCGGGCUGCCUGAAGGAGAAGACACUGCAGAACCUGGAGAAAUAUGUGGUGAAAGAUCCCCGGGUGCCACUGCUGCUGAGCCGCAUGAAGGAGGUGGGGAAGGUUUUCUUGGCCACCAACAGCGACUACGACUACACCCACGCCAUCAUGUCCUACCUGUUUGACUUCAGCGAUGGGGACAAGGCUGAGUGCCCGCAGCGCCCCUGGCGCUCCUACUUCGACCUGAUCGUGGUGGACACCCGCAAGCCUCUCUUCUUUGCCGAGGGCACCGUCCUGCGCCAAGUCAACACGGACACCGGCAAGCUGCGCAUCGGGACCUACACGGGGCCGCUCCAGCACUGCGCUGUCUACUCGGGCGGCUCCUCGGAUGUGGUGUGUGACCUGCUGGGGGUGAAGGGCAAAGAGAUCCUCUACAUGGGGGACCACAUCUUCGGGGACAUCCUCAAGUCCAAGAAGCGCCAGGGCUGGAGAACCUUCCUGGUGGUGCCCGAGCUGGCACGGGAGCUGCAGGUCUGGACGGAGAAGAGUGAGCUGUUCGAGGAGCUGCGGAGCCUGGACCUCUUCCUGGCAGAGCUGUACCAGCACUUGGACAGUGGCAGCAGCGAGCGCCCAGACAUCAGCUCCAUCAAGCGCCGCAUCCAGAAGGUGACCCACGAGAUGGACAUGUGCUAUGGCAAGAUGGGCAGCCUGUUCCGCUGCGGGUCGCGCCAGACGCUCUUCGCCAGCCAGCUGAUGCGCUACGCCGACCUCUACGCCGCCUCCUUCCUCAACUUCCUCUACUACCCCUUCAGCUACCUCUUCCGGGCACCCCCUGUCCUGAUGGCUCACGAGUCGACGGUGGAGCACAGCCGCCUGGACGUGGGGGAGACGGGCACAGGACUGGCAGCCUGGCUGGCACAGCGUGGCCAAUCGGGCCAGCAGGUCACUGGAGGCCUCCAGGACUCCAGCGGGGAAGAGGAUGAUGAUGGAGAAGCCUGAACCCACCCCAGCACCGAUGGCUGGUGAGCUGGCAGGUGCCAGCCCCUGGGAGGGCAUUUGGUGGCCCUGGCCCAUUUGUGCUGCCAGCUGACAGGCUGAAGCCACCCCUGGUCAUCCUCCAGUGGUCAGAGGAGGGUUGGUGGCCCUGGCCCAAGUGCCACAUCCUGCCUCUCCCUGUGCUGUGGUGCCAGGAGUGGGGCCCGUGGGCUGCCCAGUGCCCCCACCUCUAUUCAUAACCCCCCCAACCAGCUCCAUGCCAGACUGGUGCUGCCCAAUGCCAGGAUAAGGUGGCAGUGGCCAUGCUCCAGGUAGUGCAGGAGCCUGUGGGCUCAGCAGCUCGUGCCCCUCCAGCUUGGGCACCCCAGGCUCAUGCCUGUGCUGUGGGGUGGCUGUUGUUCGGGCACAGGAGGCUGCUGCUGUGCCCACUUCUUCUUUCUGCCCUUUUCUAUUUAUAAGAGGCUCCAGCUCCUGGCCCUGCAGUGGCUCAGGGGUGGGGGCAGGGGCUAAGUCCCUACUCCUCAGCCACACCUUCCCCUGGCACCGUGCUGCACCUUGGGGCACAGGGCUGGCACAGGACCCCCAGAGCCUGCACCCAGGCUCCUCAAUAAAGCUGCUGAGCCAGCA